ACAACAUCACGUGACCUGAAAUGGCUGAAGGGGAGUGUUCUAAUGGUGAUUGAAGAUCGAAAUUUUACAUUAUACUAAUGAUUUUUUUCUCACGAAAAUGCACUUUUCAAUACCAGACACAGAAGAAGUAAAGGAAGGUUCAACUUCAUUUACCGUAAGAAUUUUUUUUUAAAAUGAGGUCACGGUUAAGUUUCUUUUUAACUUUUUUUUUUACUUGUCUUGUGUGUUGAAGUUGAGUGUACAAUUAACUUUCAUUAAGUGUUGUUAGUAAGAAUGUAGGCUAAGUGUAAGUGUUGGCACUGUUGGACUUUCACUUGACGACUUGUAAUGCAAAAAGCUGCAAUUCCUUUACUCUGUCAGUGACAGUGAACUUCCCCAACACGAUGCGUAUACUGACAGUAGACAAAUAGUGAAAUAGCUACGGCUACAUUACAACAGUAAUAACAGUACACAGUCAGCUUCGGUACACAAACUACCCAGACCCAAGGCCUAGGGAAAAAGCAACAUCAUUUAUUAAUUAACACUAUGGGAAUCCUCCAAAGUCCUGUCCAAAAUUAUUUCAUAUGAAAUAAAUUGCAAUCCACAGUGUGUAUUGUUAGGUACUCCAACUCAAAUUUUCAGAUACAUCUGACAUACAGAAAGAGUACAUCAUUGGAAAGAGCUUACUCUAAGCUUUCCAAUGACACCAAGAUAAUCUUUCUAUCACUUAUACGAGAAAAGUUAUGAAUUUUUUAGUGAUUUAUUUUUCCCCACUAUUCGGCUUUGUAUUUAAUUUUUAAAACUGUGAUCGCAUAAAUACUCUUUUUGUACUACUUUGCGUGUAUCUUUUUGGCUAUUGAAGUUAGAGCUCUCAAAUUUGGAGGAGACAUUUACAAUACAAUGUUUAACAGAAUAAAAUACAUGAAUUGUGAAUUAACUUAUUAUAUUUUAUUAAAUAUGACUUUAUGAGCAUAUGGCGUGGAUAACAACAAUGGUCGAAAAAUUUAAUUUUUCAAAAAAUGACAUAAUUACUAAACCAAUAAAGCUAUUGCUAUAAAAUUUUCAAUACAAACAGAUAAUAUCCAUCUAAAAGUAAGGUAAAUAAAUAAAAUGCAGAUCAGAAUCAGAAAAAUUUAUGCAACGUUAGAAAAAAUAUUUUAUGAAAAGUGACCGCAGCCAAGACAUUCUUACACUAAGACUAAGAAAGAUAACUUUUAAACUAAUCAAGCUACUGCAAAGAAAUUUUCAGCAUCAUAGAUAAUGACAAGCGAGGUUGAGUCUUCAAAAAGGUUAAUAAAGAGAAGUGGACUGAGUGGAAGAUUAACAGGGAUGAAUAACAACUAGGUAGACUGAAAAAAAAAGAAGAUUGUUUUCAAUUAAAUUACGCAAAUUCGCAAAAUUAAAGAAAUGUCCCUGGUAUUAAAAUUUAUUUAUUUCAUUAAUUUAAUUCUAGUAUUAAUACAAUUUAGGUCUAUUAAUACACCCUUAUAAUUAGUAGUCUUGGUUUAUCUGAUAAUAAAAGAGAAAAAAUACAUUAUUUAUUGUUGAGAACCAAGAGAAAUUCCUAUGGGUAAAUUGUUCAAUUUCUUAUUUGCAAAGAAUAAUUGUACUAACAUUUAAUUUAAAACAAAUUAUUAAUUUUUUUUAUACAUUUAUAUUGUUUAUUCAUAUUAGAAUCAAAAACAUUCGUUUAAUUAGAUGUUUCAAUUAUUUAGAAAUGUUUUAUUUGAAUCUUUAUUUCCAAAUAAUUUCACCUCCCUCCAGUAAAUAAAAUUAUGUAAAAAAAGAUGGCCGCCGUUUUUUCAUAACAUGUGGAAUUUUUUUGGAUCGUUCACUAUCAUAAAUUUUAGACAUGGCCAGUGAUGCUAACAAUAACUGCUUUCGAUGUAAAAGUGAUCAGGCUAGACCUAUACAUAGUUUUUAUUUCUCUCUUUUGCUAUACAAAACUAUCGGCAUGAGUUUAAGCUUAGCGACAGUUCGCGCUCCAACGGUUCGCCUAAGAUAGGUCAGAAUGGCACAGAAUUUAUACCAUCAUGACCGGAAUUCUUCAGCGAAUAAAGUUUAAGACUCAAACUUAUUUAUUUUUAGAAAAUUACGCAUAUUAACAACAAAGCCCGACGUAUACCGAAACCCGCCAUUCACGGCUGGUCACAGAAAUGUACCAGGCCAAUCCCGCUUUUUUUUUUGCCCGCGACGUCCGGUAUUGGAGUGCCUAGUAUUGUAAGAAAACAACAGAAAUGUCAGUCAUAGCUUUUGCAAAUAACUGUCACUUUAAAAACCAGUCAGUAAAUACUAAAUGUUUUGAUAAAUGGUGAAGGAAAAUACCACUAUUUUAUCGGUCGCCGCCAUCUUGGUUGACACCUCACGUAGUCACGUGAGGUGUCAACCAAGAUGGCGGCUGAAAAGUAGUGCAAAACACGUGUUUUUAAAAAGGAAGGCGAGGGCGGAAAAAUGUUUUAAUUUUUAAAAAAAUGAAAGGAAAUAAAUAAAUUUAAUAGCAUUUUUUUGAAGAUCUAUGCCUAAUCCGAACCCUAAAUCACUAAAUCUAUCCCUAUACCUAAACCGAACCCCUAAAUCACUAAAUCUAUCCCUAUGCCUAACCCGAACCCUAAAUCACUAAAUCUAUCCCUAUGCCUAACCCGAACCCUAAAUCGAUCCCUAAAACUAGCCCUAAAGCUACAAGUAAAACACAUGGAAUUAACACACUGUUGCAAGAAAACUCAAAAAAUGAAAAAAAAUCAAUAAAAAUUGGCGAAAAAUAAUAAUAACAUAAAUAAAUAAUGAUAACCCAACUUACAGUUUCAUGAAAUACACACUUUAUUUCAGAUAGCACAAAUAAUAUCCAGAUAAUGAAUAGAACACAAGAACCGGUAAGCCCGGCUAAAAUGUAGGCAAUAUGGCGUUACAAAUAAAAUAUGCAAAUUAGCCAAACAAUCAUAAUUUAUAAUUAUAAUUAAUCAACCAAUUAAAAUUUUAAUACAAAACAGGUCAUCAGCGUACUAAUACUAAAACAUAACAAAAUAAUUCUCUAAAAAUAAACAAAGGGAAGUGACUCUACCAAAAAUACGUCGUGGCAUCUCAAAUGAUCAACAGCCAAUGUUUUAAAUGGCGCAUGGCAUUUGCGAAUAGCAGCCGAAAACGUUCUGCUUGUGCCUGAAAGGCCCCAAGUAGCUGGCAAACAGACUAGUACCACUCUGAUAGCCGAGUUGAGGUUUCACUUGCAUCCACCAAAGUCCUUCAAUAGACAAAAUUACAGUGUGAGCAUAAAUCCCGUUGUUGGGCUGAGCGACAGUUUGAUAUCCUAGCCAAGCGUCUGAGACGAUAGUUGUCCCUGGUAAAACAUGAUUUGUGAUAAUGCCUUGAGUGUUUGUGCAUCUUGAUGGCCAACAACCUCCAUCCAACAUCAUCUACUACCGUGCUAAACCAAGCUGACAACUCACUUACCAAUGCGUCGCUUUCCAUGAUGAUAUUUUCUAUGGAAAAAGUAACUCUCAUCCAUCUCAACGAAAACAGACUGGCCGUUUGCAUCGAAGCCUCCCAGCAGUUGAUUGGUUGUCAGCAUCCAUUGACAGCAUUCCUGACAAAGAUAGUUGUUUUAGUUGACGAAAGUGUCCCAGCUAACCAGACUCUCAACAUAACAUGUUUACACUUGACUUUGUAAACCCAAUAAUACAUGAUCAUAACUAUUUUUUUCAGCUGUUAGAUCGCAGUGGGCAAAGAAUGACCCGGUUCUAACACUACUGGGGGUGUUGCGUUUGAAUGAAUAAAUUCACCUCUUUUCAUUAAAAAAAUAUUCCAUAUUUUUACUAUAAAGAGAAUGAAUAAGUUUUAUCAUAAUUUUUGUUUCAACAUAUUUGCUAAAUUAAGUAUUGGACAUAAAAUAUUACUCCACUGGAUUUAUGUGCUCAUUAGCCAAUCCACCUGCUUCCUAAAUUAAAAUAUAUUCUUAUCAGAUGUAAUUUAUAAAAUAGAUUGUCGCUUAAAAAGUGUUUCCGACACCCGGCCUAUGCUUUAUAUUUUUAAUAACCAAAUUUGAAGAUGUGAUAUAUCUUUAGUUUUAUUUUUAAACUUGACAAUUUCAGAAAACAAUUUUAAACUAUGUUAAUAUUUAAACAUUUUAAUAUUUUAGAUUUACAACAUUUAUAUCAAUGGUGUGUUUCACUGUAAAGCGAGGUACAAGCAGUUGAGACAAUUUCAUGAUGAGGUAUGUAAAUUAAUUGAAUCAUAGUUUUACAUUAAUUCAGGUUUCAUAUGAAAAUAAUUCUUUAUAUUUGGCAUAAAUAAAUCGAGCUUUUGAAUUCCAUUUUUUAGUGAUGGCAGAUACUAUUUGUCACAAUCCUCUACUAUUUCAUAAUUUACUUCAAGCGAAAAGUCUAACUAAUAAAUUAUCACUGAAAUGUUUAAUAAUGUUUAGUAAGUUUUCUUUUUAAGGCCAGUUUGUUUAUUCUAAAAUAUUGUCCUGUUUUCAAUUUUUGCUUCAGUUUUUUUUAAUUUUAUUAGUGAAAGGAUUUUGUUAAACUAAACUCAGGUUUCUUUGAUUAAGAAAUAACCAGUUGGGCAAACUUCAAACUUUAAGAAGCAGUGUUGACUGGCUAAAAUUCCACCACUGUAUAUAAGCAUUAGUUUAUACUUAAUGUUUUUGACAAAAUCUCAUGGUUUUUUAUUUAUAUCAUAUUACAUAUAUUAUCAAUGUUCAUAAAAUACGUCAUAUUCCAAAUAUUUUGCCCCAAAUUAAUUUAUUGAAUUUACGCAUCAGUUGAGAAAAGAGUUUGGAUCUUUAGUCCUGCCAGAAUUUCCAAAAAAGAAACUAUUAGCAUUGUCUCCGGUGGAGAUAGAACAGAGGAGAGUGACGUUAGAACGUUAUAUACAACUUGGUGAGAUAUAUUUAUAGUUUGUCAUUAUUUUAAUUUUUAAAGUUAAACAUCUAUUAAAACAUGCUUUUGUAGUGCCAUCAAAAAGGAAUAAAUGUGAAUAUUGAGAUAUACUUAUCUCAAACCUAUAUUGCGUGAGAGCAGACUUAGCAUAAAUUUUGAAAGGUAGUUUUCAACUUGUGAGAAUCUUUUAAAAGUGCUGAUCAUAAUUAUUAUUAAUAAAGAAAUAAGAAAAAAGACAGUAAGUGAAAAUUUAAAAAACCUAAUAAAAAAACAAUGUCUUGGCAAAAAGCCUCUACUAAUGAUGAGUGAAAUGAUAAGCUGUAAAAAAAAUUUUUAUAAGAAACUUAACCAUUGGCCUAUUCAUUUUAUUAUGGCCUUUAUUAUUUUCUUGACUUUGAAAUUCUCUAUUCUAAAGCUUUUUUCAAAAUUCAUUUUUAUUAAACAUCUUUAACUAUGUGUUUGCUUUUAUCAAUUUAAAUAACUGUGAUCCAACAAACAUUUCAUAUGAAUUAUUAAUAAAUGUCUUGUAAAAAAAAAAUCAUUUCUUCCAUGUUCAAUUUCUUUUCUUUUAUCAGUGAGUCAAGAUCCACAGAUUGGCAGCAGCCCUUUGUUUAAUUCAUUUCUACUUACAGCUCAGCAGGUAAUUCUUUGUGAAAUAACACAAAUGUAAUAUGAGGGAGGGCUGCAUUCAGGUUGAAGCAAUUAAGAAAUACAACACACAUGGUAGGUAAAAGCCUACAGACAAAAAAAACUAAACGAUGUAUGUUUCACUGGAAAGCCUUUGAAGCCAAAAAAAGAAGGGGAACAAAGAACAACAGAGAAUAAAAAUAAUAACUUAUCUGAGACAGUAAGAGUGAGAUAAGAUACUACCACUGCUUACAUCAGUUAAGGAUCAUAUCAGUAUCUAUAUAUUUAUUACAGCCAGGAGCUGAUCUUAGUACCUAGUGAUGUUCUUGAAUAAGUUAUAUUCUGAACAUAUGAAACAUUGAUCAAUCUAAACCAACAGCCUUUUAUUAGACCUAAACAGUGUCUAAUACUGUUGCAAUAUAUGUAUUAUAAUUAAUAGCAUUUUUAAAAUAGCUGAGGUCUUAUUUAAAGAAAUGGUGAUAAAAUGCUGCAUAUUUACUAUUCUACUAUCCAAUUACCUGGUCGAUAAAUUGUAAAGAUUAUUUUAUUGAAUGUAGAAAAAAUUUCACAUAAAUGCCACAGGUCAAAUAAACUAAUAGAAAAUUUCCAGUAAUUAAAUCUUUUUUAGAGAGAUUUAUCAUUUUUGUAUGUAAACAAAUUCAUUUUAAGCCUUAAAAUGGUGAUUUAUCUCUGAAAUGAUAUAAAAUUUACUAGUCAAAAAUUAAGAAAAUUGGUUUUCAAUCAUUCCACCCUCUCCCACAAAAAAUAGAAACCUAAAUUAACUUUUACAGUUUUUGUAAAAUCAAGUUUUUGCUGAUGAGGAAGGAUCAAAUUGUGUGUAGUGAUUGUCACAAAUGACUCGGGUGGGGGUAUAGGACAGAGCUUAGUAGUUAUCAGUGCGUAAUGAUGCUGUUUUGUUUGGGUUUUCCCCAUGGGCCGCACCACGUUAGCUGGAUAUUGAAUGAGCGGUGGGGAGAGAGAGAGAGGAUAUUAGAUGCUUUUGAAAAGGUUAUAUUUUCUUCGAUAGAUUUAGAUUUAAUUGUUGUUACAUCAAGAAAUGAAUACAUAUAUAUAAAACAUACACCUGGAGUUGGAGUUUUUACGUUGUGCUUCUGUCUGUCCCAACGCCUUGACACCCACACUAUAAUCACAGAGAGGAGCGGUCCUAUAUUAACCAAUACUAUAAUAAUAUAGUUUGUUAUAUGUCAGGACCAGAGCCCUCCUCCGCAACAACCGUUCUGUGACAGUGAUAUCAAACAGUUUACACCAUUUCAGCAAUGUCAUUGGUAUUAGGAGUUUAUUUUAUGCAGCUGCAAAGCCAGUUUUGGGAUAUAGCCAUUUAAAUCAAUUUGUUUGUGCUUUUUAUGUCACAUGUUUUGUUUUUUUUCUGCAUAAUAUCAGGAAUCCCAGGUGGAAGAAGCUGAGCAGGUAACACUUGAUGCAUUCCUCAUGAAUGGUCACAAAAUCACCAUUAGCCUUAUGUCCACUGAUCAAACAGAAGAUGUUUUGGAGGUUAGUUUCAUUUCUUUUUUUCACUUUGUUUCCCCUAAACUUCUGGAUUAGUGCUGAGUUAGAGAUGUAGUAAUUAACUUCUUGAAAAAAAUUUUUCACUAGAACUUUUUAAACAAUUGAAUGUCAAUUUUUUUUUACAAAUUGGACCUGGGGUGUGCUUUAGAUAACUUAAUUUUCUGACAUCUGAAAACUCCUACGGAAUAGGUUGCUUUAAAGAACUUAGUGCUUAGAAUACCGUUCUUUCUUACCUUUUGUUGUACACAUAUGGUGCUUUAUUGUACAGUGCCUUAACCAUAACAUACCGGUACAAUACUCUAAGUAAGCUGCUUGAUGUACAAACAAACAAAAAUGAGGGCUGGAGGUUUAUUUUUGGUGAAAAAAAAAUAUGGUUUCCAAAAAUAGAAUACUGGCGCAUAAAAUGAAACCUGAGGUCACUUUUUAUUUGGAGGCAUGUUUUCUGAUAUAUAUAUAGCUCAGUCUGGUCACUGCGUGGACAAUAUUUAACUAGAUUGUACCUGAAUUGUGCGAUGGGUUGGAUUUGUUUUAAGGUUAUAUAUUUUUCAAAUUCUUUUCAAAAACAUUACUCAGCUUUAAAGAUAUAAGCUAUAUCUGCUUCUAGUACUUGGUGAAAUAGUCCUCUAUGCAUAACUUGUUACUAAGUAUGUCAUUUUAAGUAAACAGAUGAUGUUCAUUAAGAGAGCAUGACUACCAUACUUCAGAUUAUAAUUUUAUCAAAUCUCUUUUUGAAACAGAAAGUUGCUCAACAAAUCGAAAUUCCUGAUGAUUUUGUAUAUUACUUCAGUCUCUUCUUGGUAAAGAAGGAAGACGAUGGAGAUAAUUCAAGUAAGUGAAUUUCUAAUUAAAUCCAUUAGUUCAGAAAUUGACUAAAGAAAGUAAAUGGAAUAUUGAAAAAGAAAAGGGAAUAUUCAUCAGCUGUUUUCUUUUGUACUAUCUUUGGUGUGGUAAUCCCAAACUUACUGUCAUCCAGCCAUCAGAAUGCUUUCCUGCCACACCAAGUAAUGGAAUCCUUGAAAACAAGAAAAGAAACGUUCAUUAAUUAAUCUUCACCUUGAAAUUGAGUGUAGUUUCCAUAUCAGGUUUCAUCGCCAUCUUUUUUGCCGUUUCAGUUGUACGAAGGCUUCAAGAGUUUGAGUCCCCGUAUUUGUCUCUCAAGGCGGCUAACAAAACUGUUGUCCACAGAAUAGUGCUCCGGAAAGGGUUUGUCUUUCUUGGUUUCACAUAGGUUACGACAUGGGAGUGAAGGGACUGGUCAAUGCGGGAUCCAACGGGAACAUUAUUUAAUAUUAGUGGCCAAUGGUAUAGAAUACCCCAACUUAUAUUAUUUGCGGCCAAUGGCAUAUACUCUGCCCUAUGUUAUUUUAUUGAUGCCGCUUACUUAUGUCUUUUUUUUCUUAAUCAUGAACAGUCAUAACAUACUCCAAGAUGGAUAGCCAUAAUCUUAGUGUACAUGCUUAAGUGGAACAUUGAACACUGAAAAGAAAUAGGCAUGCUAAAAUUUAUAUUAGCAUCAAAAUAGGCUGCUGUUUGAAGGCUCUUGACUUUAUUAUUUUUACAAUUGAUACUAAUAUUAAAUGUGGUAUGAAAUGAAAAGAGUCCUCACGCCAUAACAACAGUUUAUUAAGUUUAAACUUAAACACUGAGGUAUGAAGAUGGCAGCCAUCUUGGUAUGUGGUAAAAAUUAGCCUUAAACCCAGCUUGUUCAUUUCAGCUGGAAAAAGAUUUGGAAAUUGCGAGUUAAUACAAUGGGCGACCGGGUUAUACUGUUUUUACAGGCAUUCUCAACUGUGGUGUGUGUUUAUUUUCUAGUCGUUUUUUUUUCCUCCCUACUAUCAAUGCAAAACAUGUCCAUCGUAGUCGUGCUUAAGUAUUUCUGUGUUGCUCUAGGUACUGGGACACAUCUUAUGAUGAUGACUUACUGGAGAACAAAGUUACAAUGAACCUGUUGUAUGUCCAAGCCAACAGUGAUAUUGAGAGACAGUGGAUACUUGCCACUAAAGAACAACUUAACCACUUGGUCAACUUGAGAAAAAAAGGAUCCAAGCGAGAGGUGGGUAAAAUUGAUGAUGGAUCAUUUUUGUUGAAUUGAUUUAAAUUAGAUAAAACUUGUGGCAACUUCACUCUGUAAGCCAGGGCAAGAUAUCAGAUGAUAAGUCAUGGCAAAGUAUUUUUGCUUAUUACAAGUGCAAUAAAAAUAAGAAUCUACAACAAACGGAAGGAAAUGUAUACAAACAUAUACUUUAUGUUGGCAAUGGGUUUUUUUUAUAUAGAUGUACACCACAUCGUAAUUUAUAUGCACAAGAGAACAACAUUGUACUAUUUCUCGUUUUUACAGUUUCUCCGUCUAGCCCGUACUCUAAAGUACUAUGGCUAUAUGCAGUUUAAACCCUGUUUGACAGACUACCCUCAACAAAACACAAGAGUCAUCAUUUCUGCUGGACAGAAGGAGCUCAAUUUUAGGGUUCAAGUUGAGGUAAGUGGACAUCAGUUUAUUCUUUUGGGGUUCACUUCAACUUACUCUGGAUAUCACUGGAUGCUGGAUGGCUGAGCUGUUUAAACUGAGUCCAAUCCCAAGCUUGUGGACAGGAGUCCAAUUCCAAGCUUGUGGUCAGGAGUCCAAUCCCAAGCUUGUGGACAGGAGUCCAAUCCCAAGCUUGUGGAAAGGAGUCCAAUCCCAAGCUUGUGGACAGGAGUCCAAUCCCAAUCUUGUGGACAGGAGUCCAAUCCCAAGCUUGUGGACAGGAGUCCAAUCCCAAUCUUGUGGACAGGAGUCCAAUCCCAAUCUUGUGGACAGGAGUCCAAUCCCCUUGUGGACAGGAGUCCAAUCCCAAUCUUGUGGACAGGAGUCCAAUCCCAAGCUUGUGGACAGGAGUCCAAUCCCAAUCUUGUGGACAGGAGUCCAAUCCCAAUCUUGUGGACAGGAGUCCAAUCCCAAGCUUGUGGACAGGAGUCCAAUCCCAAUCUUGUGGACAGGAGUCUAAUCCCAAUCUUGUGGACAGGAGUCCAAUCCCAAUCUUGUGGACAGGAGUCCAAUCCCAAGCUUGUGGACAGGAGUCCAAUCCCAAUCUUGUGGACAGGAGUCCAAUCCCAAUCUUGUGGACAGGAGUCCAAUCCCAAGCUUGUGGACAGGAGUCCAAUCCCAAUCUUGUGGACAGGAGUCUAAUCCCAAUCUUGUGGACAGGAGUCCAAUCCCAAUCUUGUGGACAGGAGUCUAAUCCCAAUCUUGUGGACAGGAGUCCAAUCCCCAGCCUGGACAAGCAAAAUAAAACAACCAGCAGUGGAUGGCACUUGUUAACUUUGGAUGGCGAGUCAUCUAAGAAAAGGCUAACUCUGAAAUGGAACCCAGAGAUGGAAUCCCAUAGGGGGUAUAUGGUUGACACAAUGAAAAUUCUGACAACUCCUGCAAUGAGGAACGCACAAGAGCACAGUGAGAAACGCGCAUAUUUCUGGUCAUCCGCUGCAUCCUGGACUAAUUUCCAGUCGUCUUGACUAAGUAUUUGCCAUUGGAAAAAGUAGGCAAGGACAAGAGAGUGAGGCGGACGAAUUGAACAACUCUUCCUCCCUUUAAACAAAAUACAGCUCAAGUCAAGUCUACUACUCAAGUCAAGUCUACUACUCAAGUCAAAGCCGUGGGCAUCUUGGGAUGUGAAGGGCAAACAGUAUUCUGGAUUAAACAAAUGUAUGCUUUAUUUAUUUUUAAUUGUGACCCUAGUAAUCGUUUGCGCAUUGGGAAAUAUGCCACUCGCAGAUCGUGCUGAGAUAAACCAGGUAAUUUCAAGAGAACUGUUGCCUGUAUCAUUCAGGAAUGAUACAUUUUUUACAUUUUUGGGGCUUCUUGCACUUAUUAUUUUUCAUGAUGGACCCUUUGACCUUAACGUUAUUACCAAUUUUAAAAUCUUUAUGGAAAAUGCUCAAGUUUCUUUGAUCAUGGACUAACAUUGACUAAGUAAUAUUUAACAAAUAAAGAGAGUUAAAGGCAAUCUUAUCUGCCAAAAAAUUGAAAUUCGCCUUGCGAAUGCUGCAACAAUUUUAAAGCAUACAAAGGGUAAAGGAAAACUUGAAAGAGAACAACAAAGUGAACAACAAAGUGAACAACAAAGUGAACAACAAAGUGAACAACAAAGUGAACAACAAAGUGAACAACAAAGUGAACAACAAAGUGAACAACAAAGUGAACAACAAAGUGAACAACAAAGUGAACAACAAAGUGAACAUUGCUGACAAAAAGCCUUCGACAAAAAGAAACACUCUGAGCUUGUUGUAAAGUUAUGUAGCUGACAGAAAAUGAUAGACAUUUUCAAUUUCGGAAUUUACCCAUUGUGGUGAAAUGACUUUUAUGUUAAGGGGUGUUGAAACAACUCUGUGAUGAUUGUCACACCUGUUGGUGUCUAGAGGUAUUUGGUUAUGUCGAUUUCGCACACCAAGGGUUGUAACUACAUUACUCAUUUUUGCCUCAACUACCAAAUACUUUAUAACACCAUUUAGUAAAUGAAAUGAGUUAUUUAUUUACAUGGAUAUGGCAUAAUAAAGGAUCAUAUUCAAAACAACUUUCAUGUGGAAUAUAUCUAAGCUCUAGUCUAUUAUGAACAAUGGCCUCCUGAAUAGCCUGUAAAGGUUGCUUUGCUUUGUAUCUCAAUUGUAUAAACUCAGUCCGUUCACACUUAACUUAUCAGUCAUUUGUGCUGAUCAUCUGUCUUGAACAUCUGACUUGAUCAGUCACUAGUAGUAUGUGGAGGUGGCUUCUCCGAUUCUUCAAUCCGUGGCUUUUCAGGGCUCAGCGCUUCUCAGGGCGUUCACGUGAGUGGGCUGAAAGAGCGGCAGGUUAUGAAGCGGCUCUUAUGAUCUGGUUAGAUCAUGUACAAUAGUGAGAUCACUUCAACGUAGAAGUGGAUUCUCGGGUCCUUCUUGGGGCGUUCACGCAAGGGGAGGAAACAGCAAUGCGAUGUUAUAGAAUUACUUCAAGGGUGGAAGUGAAUUCUUUAAUUCUUUACCUCAUGGCUUUUCAGGGCUCAGCGCUUUUCAGGGCGUUCACGCAGAUAGAUUUUACGGCAGUAAAAUACAGAGAUCCAUUCACUGUGGAAGUGGACUCUUCAUCCAAUGUACCUCGUGGCUUUUCAGGGCUCAGCAUUUUUCAGGGCGUUCACGCAGGUGGAUGAUACCAGUCACAACUGUACCUUCUGGGAUACCUCUUCCCCAGUUCGCUGUGGUGGGUGUAUGUAAGACUUCUCUUUGGGAGUAAAGUCCAUCAGCAUGCAGUACUUUGGUUGCAGGCGAUGAAUUGGUCUUCCGGAGGUGGCUCCUGGGUGGGGUUCGUAGACUCAGGGCUCAGUACACCGAUUCCUCAAUUCAGCUGCUAAGGUGCGGUUGACUGUACUGCAAUAGUACAGCGAUCUAGCAACCAGGCUAUAUGUGAAUGAUGAUAAAAGAAAAGAAGGGAACAACUUUUCCAAUAUUCUUGAGAUAACAAAUCCCUCUCCAACGGCAAUGAAUUCAGAUCGAGGCGAUAAAGGAGAUAUAAUUUUUACAAUGUUAAUAUCCAUUCUGGAUAGCCUUAUUCAUCUUCACCAUUGUCGGCGCAAGCAUGGAUGACUAGCUUCAACACAUGGCAAUGAAUCUUUUCAUACAUAAUUAUACAAUAACUUAAUAAUAUACAGGAUGGAUUAAUAUGAUAUAUUCAAUCAACUGUAAUGGAUAACAUAAUGGCUAAUAACUAUCCAGUGGCCACAUCACCAUCCAUAUGAUGGGAUGAAGUCUAGAUAAUCAAAACUCAAAAUGGCCGACACGUGUCCUAUGAUACAGGCACGUGUCAAACAUGGAGAAAAUAUAAAUUACAAAUGAAUUAAUUAAAUUCAUUCCGAUCAGAAAUUCAUUCUAAUCAGAAUGAUAAUACAUACAUUCAACAUUAAAUAGUUAACUAUGCACAUGGUAAUACAAAUAUUCAAAUAAAGAAAUGAAAUUGAAAUGUUCGUACAACUCACUAGGUCUAGAAAAAGCCGGCUUUACGGUGCACUAAAUUAGCUGCUGUCUUAAGAGUCGAUCACGAAAAGACAGAUUUUAGUUAUGCAACGGCUUUUAUAGUGAUUCUAUUCUAUUUGCUUAUUGGACAAUCACUACCAUGUGAUAUCUGAGUCCAAUGAUCUUAAUAAUUUGAUGCGUGACAUAAUCGCUCACCCAAAACGAGACAUUGUCUAGACUAUUCUCUUGGAUCGCUUCUUGACCCUUUUCUUGGUUCAGUCCUUGGUUACUUAACAGUUCAUUGACUUUUCACAUGAUGUUGACAGUGAUCAGGGGCAAUAACUCGUCCUUACCUUGAAAGUGGGAGGGGGUUUCUAAGUAGUCAGCGUGUCUAAAUGAAAAUUUUUAUGUCUGCUCCUUUUGGUCACAUUCAUGAAAUCUAAGAAGUAACCUGUUUAGCUCAAAUGCAGUUCUCCCCGUAUUUUUCUUAACAAUUUAAAAGAUGUUGAUGCAUUUUGCAGGAGAAAAAAAAAUUAUUAGCUUUGAGUUGAAGAGAAAUACUAGUCUAGUCCAUUUUGACAUAUAAAAUGUUUUUUCGACCAAGUAUUUAUUCAAAAUUUCAGCUAUCAUUUAAAGAAGAUAUUUAUGGCCUCUGAUGCCAGCAUCCACAGUUUUUGUUAAAAGGAAAUAACAAUUUAAAAAAUUAAUACAGUAUUAACAACAUUACUGAUGUUUUAUCAUUAAUGUUGUAUUUGUUUUUUUUCUGCAGGGUCAAGUGAAAGAAGGCAGUUUUAAAAUAACACGAAUGCGUUGCUGGAGAAUCACAACUAUCGUAAGUUGUUGUUGUUGUUUUUUUUUUUGUUUUUUUUAAAGAAAGGAAAAAUGUCUCAGAAGAAGAGAAAGUGAAUGUUCAAAUGUGAAAAUGUAUUUUAAAAAAUUACCUGCUCUUCAUCAUUUUAAUUCAGUCGAUUUGAUAAAGCUGAGGAAAACAAAACAAAAAUUUUGUAAUGAAUCUGUUUAAAAUCUGUUCAGACAUUUACACACAAUCACAGUCAUGCCAGUCCCAAGUCCCAAGCCCGGGUGCAAAAGGAGGAGGGUUGGCAUGAGGCCGGCUACCUCACCCGUAAAAACAAACUGCUACAGAAACGUCAACAAGAAAAAACCAACAAAUUUCAGCCCUGAGAAGAGAGGGCUCUUUUUCUCUGAGAAGAGAGGGCUCUUCUUCUCCAAGAAGAGCUAUGAAGCCUUGUGGCCAAACCCAGGCUAUAUGGAAACUUCAAAGCUGAAGACCCUCCUUUCUAAGGAUACGGGACAGACACGCAAAAUAUGGGAUACACCUGGAAGCAACUGAAAAGGAAAGCACAGGACUGUGAUGUAUGGAAAAUUCUUGUGGACAGCCUAUGCCCCAGAUGGGAUAAAAGGCAUGAGAAGAAGAAAGACAGAUAUGCUGACAACAAUGAUUUGAGGAAAAUACUUGCAGACGUGUCUUUGUGCCCAUACAAUAUAUUCUUUGAAAUACUUUUGCCUAUGUAAAAACUCCUCCAAUAAGCACCCAUACCAUUUUAAAGCGUUCAAUGGGACUUACAAAAAUUAUGUUGAGAUUUUAAUGAAAACAUUUAAAUGUCUUUGUUGAUGAGAUGUUUGAAUAUAAUAAUAAUUUUGCAGUGACAUAUGAAAUGAUAAUGAGAUCUUCACCAUUUUUCAGUUAGACAAAUGAGUUGAGUUUCCGAUGAAGAACAAACCUUAUAAAAUGUCCUGAGUUGUUGCGUUUUUAGUAAUACUUUUUAAUUAAAAUGCAUGAAUUUCUCAUACCAAUGGAUGCUGUGGUUGCUUAUAAAAAUAGUAUAAUAAGAUUUAACACUAUUAGAUUGUAUAAUUAGUGUAUAAGAAAUUAAUUGUUAAAUUGAUUUGAACUUUUUUUUUUAACCCUUUAAAAACAUCAUUUCAGAAUUCCAACACAAAUGAGAACUCCUCCUCUACAAAUGAGAAGUCCUCCUCUACAAAUCCAAAGUCUCAGCUGGAAUUGUCAUUUGAAUACCUGAUGUCUAAGGACACUUUGCAGUGGAUUUCUAUCAUAAGUGAUCAGGUAGUAAUGUUGUUUGAAUUUUUGUUGUUAUUGAUUUUUAAACAUUCAGUCUUUAGAAAUAAUAACCGCCACGCUUCUAAAUCACUGAUUUCAAACUGAAGGCUGCAACAUCAAUUAUCAAACUUGAACAAUUUUUUGAAUAAUUUAUUUAUUAGCUUUUUUUUUUUUUAAAUAAACAUGUUAUAUCUUUGCCUAAAAAGUGGAAAAGUCACCACUGCCAAUAUAACAAGAAAGAACAAAAUAGUUUACGUUUAAGUUUUGGUGUCUCCAUUCUUAGGCUAUGUUGAUCAGCAUGUGCCUACAGAAUAUGGUCGAUGAGUUAAUCAUGAAGAAGCAAGGGAAGCGAUUUAAAAAGGUACAGUGAGCUUAAACAUAAUUCUUGCAUGUGUUUUUAAAUAAUUUUAAGAAGCUAACAUUUAAAAAAAUUUUUGGAAAUAGAUGCACUUAAAAUAUUAUUAAAACUUACAAAUUUUAUUUUUAACUAUGUUUUGCAGCCUCAGGACAGACUCAGGGUCAAUAAAAUUACUGGACCAUUUAAGCCCUUGUCAAGGGAGCUUUCUUAUGGGUUUGAUGUAAGAUUUUUAUUUAUUUUGAAGUAUAGUACCUCUGUUACAUUCACAAUAAUUUUUUUGUAUUUUAUAAUUGUUAUUAUUUGGAGUGUGUGGAGUAAAUCAAAAUACCUAAAAGGACUGAGGCCAUUUCUUACAGCCAAAAGAAAAUAAUACUGGGGGGGGGUGGCGGGGGGGGGGGGGCUAUAAAGAAAAUAAUAAGAAUAAAGAAAAUUUCGUUACUUUGCAAAGUCGGUCCAGGCGGGCCUUAUGUUGUGCAGGCCAAAAUUAGAGUAUUAUUGGCUGCUUUAUUGAAACAUAGAUGUAUGUUGUUGUUUAUUUUAUGUAAACGCCGAAAAGUUACUUUGCAUGUGUUUUAAGAAUUUUAGUGGAACAUUUGAACAUUCAAAAAAAAUCUGGAAAUCUAGUUUUUUUAAUGUUCUUCUUCAUGUUUCACAUUUCUGGUUUACAUGAAACUGAGCUUUUUUUUGCUUUUUUUCAGCUCUUGUAAAAUGAUUUCAUUUAAUUUUAUAUACAAAUUACAAAUCACCCCCCACCUCACCUUGCAUUACACCAUUAUGAAGGAAGCUGUUUCAUUGAUGCCGUUUGAUUUUUAUGAAGAAUUUAAGACAAUUGGUCUAGCUAAUCUCUCUUGUUUUAUGGAAUGCUGGUUUCACCAUUUCAUUGUGGUGCAUACUUUAGAGUAAGAGUGUAUGGCGUCGCAACUUGUAUUGGUUAUUCAUUUGUUUUGAACUGUGAGUUACAAAGUUGGUAGUCCAUAACACGACUCCGUCAUUUCAUUCAGAAAUCUCCAACUAAAGAAAAUUUCACUGCGGUAAUAUUUGUUCAAGUUAUUUUUAUUUAUUUUUACUUUCUAGAAAAAUUUUAGUCGAAGCUGUUUUUCAUCUGUAUGAUUUUUAUGAACAAACACUUUUUUUUUCUUUUUACAUUGUUUUUAUUAUUUUUUUCUUUUGGUUUCAAAUUCUUUAAUUAUUCUGGUCCAAUUGACUUCAGUUAAGAAAGUUAAAAUAGCUGUUUCUUUUUUAUUUAUUGAGUAUCACACACACAAAAAAACAGCAAAAGAACGCUGUGAAUUUCAAAUAUCAUUUUAAGGAAAGGAAUUGUCAAAUUAGUUGCCGGUGUCAUGUAUCUAUUAAAGUAAAGAAUAAAAGAUAAUAUUUUUCUGAAAAAGUAAACAAUAUCUAUUAUGAAUGUAAGAAAAAUUUAGUUUGUAGAAAAGACUGACAUAGAGCAUGUCCUAAUAUAUGUAAUGCACUGUGUGUAUAUAGCUUUCACAUGUAGUAACCACAGAGUAAAUAUCUGACCCUUCAAUGCAACAUGGUGUGAUUGUAAAAAGAAUUAAGCCUUGAGAUAAGACAGUCAACAUUUAUUUCAGAUAACAGAGAAAAAAAUAAUCACAAGUGUUGAUUAUUUCAUAGCAUUUCUUGACCCCAAAAAAUUGCAUCUCUUUGAUUAUUUUUCCGUACCAUAGUGUGAAGCUACACAAAAACUAGCAUAAAUAUGACACCACAUAGAAGCAAAGUUUGUGUGAUUAAUGCUUUUUUUAAAUUUAUUUUUUUUGUGUUACAUGGGUUUAUUCAAAGAGUAACAAAUUAAUUAUUUUUUAUUUAAAAAUUUAACUUGUUGAAUAUAAAAUAAAUGAAUUUUAAAAUUUUAUAUAAUAUUUAUUUGAAACCUCUUGUAUUUAAAUGGGGAUGUGUGUGUCUUCAUAAUGAAAGAUUCAUCAUGGAAGUAGGUGUGGUUAUAUCUAGAUUUGCAGUGUCUUUUUUGGAUAGAAUACUCGAGGGCAAUUCACACUGAAAUGAAGCAUAUAAUAUAAUGCAUUUCUAUAGUCGAUUUAGUCUUAUUCAUUUUUUUUUUACUAUUUCAAUAUUUAAAAAAUUACUUUAAUUUUGAAAACAAAAAGAGGCUAACUCAUAACUGUUUAAAUUAAGGUACUAAUUAUUUCUCUCAAGUACCAGUUGACUCGUAGACUGUACUUGAAACUCAAUCACUUUCUGUUAAUAUUCUUUUUUAUAGUAUUUAAAGAUAUUAUUGUAUGUUCAAAUUGAAUUUGGCUAUUAAUCAUGGGCUUGGCUGUGAAGAUUUGGAUUGCUGCUUGCUUGUAACUUCUAUAGACUAGUUUUUUAGGUGUAGCUAUGCCACGAGUCUUAUUUGUACUUCUUGAUGGCAAUUAAGCCACUCAAGCUCUCUCUAUCUGCAUUUAGUGCACUCAUGUUCUCUCUAUUCACAUUUAGUACACUCAAGCUGUCUCUCUACAUUUAGUGUACUCAAGCUUUCUCUAUCUAGAUUUUGUUAACUAAAGUUUUCUCUAUCUACAUUUAGUGCACUAAAGCUUGCUCACUUCACAGCAUUUUACAAUUCAUAAAAAUUACUUUAAUUUUGAAAACAAAAAGAGGCUAACUCAUAACUGUUUAAAUUAAGGUACUAAUUAUUUCUCUCAAGUACCAGUUGACUCGUAGACUGUACUUGAAACUCAAUCACUUUCUGUUAAUAUUCUUUUUUAUAGUAUUUAAAGAUAUUAUUGUAUGUUCAAAUUGAAUUUGGCUAUUAAUCAUGGGCUUGGCUGUGAAGAUUUGGAUUGCUGCUUGCUUGUAACUUCUAUAGACUAGUUUUUUAGGUGUAGCUAUGCCACGAGUCUUAUUUGUACUUCUUGAUGGCAAUUAAGCCACUCAAGCUCUCUCUAUCUGCAUUUAGUGCACUCAUGUUCUCUCUAUUCACAUUUAGUACACUCAAGCUGUCUCUCUACAUUUAGUGUACUCAAGCUUUCUCUAUCUAGAUUUUGUUAACUAAAGUUUUCUCUAUCUACAUUUAGUGCACUAAAGCUUGCUCACUUCACAGCAUUUUACAAUUCAUAAUUACACAAGUACAGGCCGAUAAACACUUUAAUAAACACUUUAAUAAGCUAUAACCAUCUACUAAGGUCACUACUGUCACAAUAUUCAAACAUUUUUGUAUUGAAUGAUAAAAAUAACAGUGCUCUUUAUAUUGCUUAGAGAAGUCUGCUAAAAGUAAAUAUAUCUGUAUUGAAAGUAAAUAAAUUUAUAACAAGGUUAUGGAAAACGAAAAAAUAAAUUUCAAUUCAUUACAAAGUAAAUAAGAAUAUUGAUAUUUGUUUAGAUUAAACACUUAACUUCUCAUUUAGACAGGAUGAUGUUAUUGUAUAUUUUUGGUUUUGAUUUGUAAGCAAACUAAUCUGUUUGAAGAGCUUGGCAGUUACUUGUUAAUUUGAAAUAUUAGCAGUAUUAAAUAUUGUUUUAAAUUUCAAGCAGUUUUUUAAAGACAGAAUUUUAAAUUAUAUUUAUAUGAUUUUUAUUUCCAUUUCACAGCCCGAAGACCAAAGUGCAAUUACUAAAGCUAUGGAUUCUGUCAAAAAGAUGGUUAGUACAUACCAUUAAAAUUAUUAAAUUUCAUAAUGUUUGAUGAUAAACAUCAAUAUGGCCUUAUAACAAAAACAAUUUGACUUUAAAAUAUUUAUGGUUUAUGUAUUUUCCAUUCCAUAAGCAAUGUAUUCUAAAAUAUUCAUCCCAACAAAGAUGGAAUUGGUCACAACCAGUUGCAUAGUAUUGUAAUGUGGUGUUUUUUUGUAAUAAAUACUACACAUAAACCUUUCAUUCUAAAUAUAUUAUUUAGAUGAGGUAAAAUUCUUUUAUUGAUCAAAAUUAUUGGAAAUGUUUUUUGAUUACAUUGUACAUAUUCAUUUUCAGCACAUAAAUAAAUACAUAUUUUAACCAAGAAAAAUUUUUACAAUCUAAACAGAAAACAUCUAAGGUAUUUCACAGCGUAAAAGUCAGCCAUCUUAUACCAAAAUAAAUUAAUGUGCAGUUAAACAUUUUGUUGAGUCAGAAUAGGAUGAUUAUUUCAGAGUAACAGAAACAGAGAGGAGACGGAAAACAAUGUCUAUCUAUACAUCAAAUCUACUAUUGAAUUUAGAUAGAUGUUCAAACAAAAUCAAUUUAAUUUAAAAAAUUAAUUUUCAACGAAAAGUUUUGUGGUUCACAUACUUUUUGUUCAUUUUUGUCCUCUCAAUUUUCAUAUAUUUUAUAAAAUCACACUAUUUUUUUUAGCUUUCUAUUUCUUUACCAAUGAAGGUUAAAAAUUAAAUUGAAUGGGAAACAAUCUUUAACUAAAACUUAAAAUUGCUAUUCUGAUCUUUAUUACCUGUUACUCUAAACUGAGCCUGAUUCUUAGGCAGACAAAGGUGAGGCUCACCAAUAACAUAAUUUUACCUAAUAUCAGAUUCAUCUGUGUAAAAAAAAAAAAAAAUUUAUGUGAAUCAAAUAUUUCAUAGCAUUUUUCAGUUUGCCUACAAUAACUGAAUUUAAGCCAAAUAGCUGUUAUUUGCAUUACUAUAAGAGCAUGCAGUAAAAAAAAUAAAAAGCAUAACUAUGUGCAGAUAUUCUACACUUUUGUAUCCAAAUGAGGUAUGCAGUAUGGGAAACAAGAGAUUUCCUACUAAGAAUGUACUGUGCAAUGUAACUGGGGAAUAGACAUCGUAUAUCAUAUGAUUUACACUUUGGUGGCCAUAUGGCAAAGGACGUCAGAGGGCAGGAUUCUUUUAAAACAUAUUCUUUUUAGGGACAAGCUGUUUUACAAAAUUUCACUUGAUUUGAUAAAGGGUUUUUUAUUUUUCAACAGGGUCGAGGUGGGCCGAAAGAGGAGACAAUCACAGAGAAUGAUGCAUUUGAAGGCAUAGGGGAUGAAGAUUUGUAAGAGGCUGUGGUGUAUCACAAGAAAGGUGCUGUGUUGAAGCUGACAAAAACCUGAAAUGUUUUAUACAAAUGUCUCAGGUGCUCGUGCAUGUAAUACAUUCAUUAUAAUAGAAAAUAAAUUUAAGCACUGAUAGAAAUUGAACAAUUGUAAACAAAAAAAAGAGAUGUUCAUUAAAGUUUAGACUGCUCUGUAAAUAAAAUCAAUCUAAUUUAUGUUUCUUUUUUUAAAAAUGAUUUAACACAAAGUCAUGAUAGAUUUUAAUUAACUGAUUUAUCUCGUUUUUCUAAAGUGAAUUAAAAAAAAUUAAUCUUUUCUUUUUAAUUAGAUUAUUGACAUGUUCUAUAUUAAGAUUUGGUCAUGAACUGUGUUCAUUAUUAAGAUCAGUAACCUAACUCCUUUACUAUCUUGUUUAUGAAAACAAAAGCUUGAGUUUUUGUACUGGACUUAACUUGGGGUGAACAAUUGUUUUGGUACUUGAGAUUUUUUUUCAAUGUUACUGCUAAGCAAGAAAGUGGGUUUCAGGGGUUUUAUUUUAAUCUUACUCUAAAAAAUAAAAAUACUUUAACAUCUAUAACUGUUGUCUUUUGAGGGCAGGGCAAUGCGUUUUGAGCUACAGCUACUUGGAGUAUGUAAAUAUGUCUCAGCAUUCUCCGCUCAGUACAGUAUUAAUGGUGGUAUAUGUUAGAAUGUAAACUCAUUGGACUGUCCAUCCCGUUUGGAAUGAAACUAUACAUAACCACUGUUUUGUCUUUAUUUUUUAUGAAAAUAUCUUAAUUUAUUUAUUUAAAAAAAUUCUGGGUGGUUAGCUCGACAGUCGAAAAUCGAUCAUGACCAUUUGAAACGUCGCACUGGGUGAUAAGUAAAAUUAAUGCAUAUAGUCUUAAAAAGAUGUUGAGAGCCAGUAAAAAAUGGAUUGUUUUCAACCCUUUGUACAAUUAUAUCAUGUCUUCAUUAUUUGAGUUCUCAAAUGUUUACAUAAUAAAGAUGCACUUGACCAAUCUAUAUACAUGUAAUGUUCUAUUACCUUAAAAUUAUCUAUAAAAAUAUGUAUUAAGUCAUUCACACCUAUAUGCUUAAAUCAUCUUUACAGUAGCUCUUGAUUAUAUUGUAUGAGUUAUCUAUUUGUUUUACAAGUUUUUGUGUUUAAUAAAUUUUUUGUGGACAAGUUUGUUAUUUUUGUAAUCCAUAUUUUUAUCAAUAUGAUAAGUUAUGUAACUAGUUUAUCUGGCCCAUUGAUCUAUACAAAAUAGUUUCUUAGAUGUUAUGUUUACAAGGCUUUAAUCAAAAGUAAAUACUGUAUUUUACAAAAAAAAAAAAAAAAUGUCUAACAAUUCCUAAUUUUAAUUAUUUUAAAUUGGCUUUCUAAAUUUUUAGUCUAUUUCAAAAUAAUUUAAAGAGUGGUAUGAGCAAUUGAAGUUUAUUUGUUGUUAGAAGAAAAUAAUGCUAUUUUAAGGCAUUAUAUAUCUAUGGCACUUCAGAAUUUAGAUUAUCCUAUUCUAAAAACAAAUUUAGUGCAUAAUAAUACUAUAAUUUUUUUCAAGUUGAUUUUUUAAAUAUUUUUUUUUUUUUUGAAAAGUGGAUAGUUCUUUCAUUAUUAAUGUAUUUGGAGCAGUUUUACGUUAUGCUAAAGUUAUUUGAUCUAAUCUUAUGAAUGCAAUUAACUAUUCAGGAUGAUUAUUAAUUUUGUUUAGUUUUUUUACCUUCUUUGUUAUGCCCUUGCUAGGUUGGGGCUUCCCAUAUAUGUGUGUCUCCAACCUUGUAAUAGUUACACCACUGGAUUGUGUGUGUGCAUGUUUUCCUCUUUUCACAUUCCUUGACUCAGUGUUUGACUUUGAGACAGAACAAAAUAAGCAGCCAAGUCCCAUAAUUUGUUGCCAAUAGACAGUCAUACACAAAACAUGUUUAAUGUUAGUUAUGGCAACUGCACAAUUGUUAAAAAUGUGUUGCUUUCUAAGAAAAUCAAAGCUUUCUUUUAAAAUCGUAAUGUAAAACUAUGGGGUUUAAAAGAAUGUUAUUUUUAUUUUUUUAAAUUUAACCAGAAAUAUCAGCAUGGCAUACAUAUGUGAUAUAUUUAACUAACAAACUAAAUCUGUACAUAUUUUUUUAAAAAAAGUAAAUAUAUGUUGUUUGUGACAUUUAAGUGGUAGUUUAUCCCUAUCGGAGCCCAGUUAGGUGGUAAUGCUGCCCAGCUUUAUUUUGUAAAUGUUCUGAGAGCUACAAGUUAUUUGUUGUUGAUUUUUCUUUUUAUCAAGGGGGUAUUAAUUAGAAUACAGCUUUAGCUGGGGGGUUUUUUGGUUUAUUUUUUAAGCAUGUUAUAGCACAAAUCACAACAAAUCUAGUCCAUGCCUACUCGAUGCACUGAAUAAACACAGAUCCUGAUCCAAUUUGCAAGGCACUUUGCUAAAACAUUUCAAAGAAAACACAUGAAAUAUGGGUCAGGUCAGGAAUCUUUGAGAAAUAUUUGUAAAUAUUAAGCAUUAAUUAUGAAGCCUUCGGGGCAUCAUUUUUUAAAUCUGAGUCUUCUAAGGGGCACAGAUGUCUUACUGGAAUAUUUGAAUGCAUUCUUUUGAAAUAGUAUAUUAAUUAUGGACACAGUAAUGUUUCCAUAAGUAUAAAUUACUAGACACAGAGAAUUUUCAUAAUUUUCCUGCCUAAUUUCAAGUUUGAAAAUCAAGAACUGAAGAGAGCUUUUAGUUUUAGAGAGAAAAAGUUUUUACCUUGACCUUUACAACAAAGAAAAAAUGAUCUUUUUAAAUAAUCACAUUUUUGGAUUACUUUCAUCAUUUGCAACAGCGUAUCGAAUCAGUUAUUUUACAUCGCUCAAUAAAAUUGGACAAUGAUUCUAGUAGUACUAGUGGCAAUAAAAUUGGAAGGCAUAAUUUUAAUUAUUUCAUGAUUAUAUACAGAUGGCAUUAAUUGAAUAUUGUUCUUGAUUUCAGCAACUCCAGUCUCUUAUUUUCUCUUUCAGAAAAUUGUUAAGUGAAAUUAAAUUGUGAUACUCUCCUAGGGUGCAGAAAUAGACAACUAAACCAUAGAAUAGGUCGGCAGUCUGAUACUGAUAAAGAUUAUUUAUUGAAUUAAAAUUAGUCAUUCCAAAACUUAGAUAACAGAAACUAUUUUACUUAAUAUCAGUUUAUAACUCUGUAAAACAAUUUUACCAAAAGUUAUGCGCAUGCUUUAUUAAAAGGACAUGCUUUGGAAAAGGUUUUUUUAAAAUUCAAAAUAAAAUGAAUUUUGGGGCCAAAAUGGGGAUGAUAAUAUUUUUUAAUAAUUCAUAAAUUGUAAAUUAAAAAUUAGAUUUUAAAUACCUCUAUCAAUUAAAUUUUUGUGUUAAUACUAUACACCUCUCUCAUGUUGGGGUGUAAAAAGUGUAUUGACCUCAUUAUUAAUUAAGGCAGACUUUUAGGGCAGACAUUAUGAAGCUGUUUUGUAUGCCUAUAGAUAUCAGAUAUUUGCUGCAUACUCACAACAGAAAGUCUUGGUGCUACAGCUACUAUAAAAUAUUUAUGAAGCUGAUUUUUUUUAGUAAUAUUUUUUUGUAAAGGCUAUCCAGAAAUCCAUAUCAGAUGGCAAAGCUUUUGUAAAUUAUUCUGGAAGUUAUGGAAUAUAUUUCCACAAGACUUUGAUUACAAUUACAGUGGGUUGAAAAUUAGAAUUUUCUUAUCUACGAAGCAAGAAUUUUUGUAUCUCUGCAAUUCCAGCCUUUAUUAGUGCUUAUUUGUGAAGAUAAUAUGCAAUACUGAGAUCUGUGUAAAGAUUAAAUAAGCAUGAUGAAAUUUUAUUCCGAAUAAAAGGGACUGCUGUGUGCGUUUCAGGUGUGUGGUAAAAUAUCAGGUGUGACUAGAGAUUUACUGUUAUCAGUCCCAUUUUCAUUUGCCAAAAAUGUAGUAAAGUAAAGUUACCAACAACAUAUAAGCCACUGCCUGGACAAAACAGGAAUUAAAAUACAUUGAUUAAAACCAUUGAAAAGAGUAAUUAAAUUACAUUUUAUUUAUGUUGUAAAACUUCAGUUUGAAGUAAUUAUUUAUACUAUUAUUAUUUAACUUAAAGUUGAUAUAGUACAAAAUGGUUGGAAACCAUGACUAUAAAUCAUUGUGUGUGCAUUUGAUUGUUUAGAGUUAGAGUUUACUUACAAUCAAAAUGUCCACUUGCGUAAAUGAUGCUAAUUUUAGUCCAUUUAUUUAAGUAGGUGUAAAAUGAAACUUUUUCUUGAAGCAUGCUUUCUGCAUGAAAUUAUUACUUUUUUUUUUAAUGAUCAUGCAACAUUUGGAGUCAAUGAAGUGGUCAUCCAUAAAGGACUUCCGCAAGGUGGUGGAAAAGAGGGUUCAUUCAAAAGUAGUUAUGGGGUGGGGGGGGGAUCAUGCGGAUAUCCGCAUGGUACAUUUUUUGUGUGUUAAUAUGCUGUUAUGGGCCCACUGUCUGGUAUUGGUAUUCCUCUGACUGAUCUAUUUUUGAAAUAUUUAAAAUCACAAAUCACAUACAUUUUUGUGCGGACGUCUGUUAUGGAAAACCCCUAACCUUUAUUUUGUAUGUGAUCAUUUGAUAAAGACAAUAGAAAAUUUAAAGGAAUGAUUUUUCUAUUAAUGGAAUUUUUUAAAUUUAAAUUGGACUUUGUAACUAUUUUGAUAGGAAUACACUGCUCCUUAACAGUUUACAUUGCAUAAAAAUUAUGUUUCAUGUAUUUAUCUUUUAAAGGGGCAAAACUCAGAAAAGUCAUUUAGGAUUAAACUAUUUCACAGCAGUCAAAUAGUUUUGCGAAAAUGAUUUUUUUUCUUGAUCAUAGACCUUAAAAUUAGCAACUGAUUGUGAUCUAAUUUUAUUUUCAAGAAGACGUUUUUUGUGUGUUUCCUUGAAUGAUAUGUGAAUACUGCUAUGUUAGUCAUAUGGGUGAUAAAAACACUAACAAUGAAAAGUAACAAACACUUUAAUUUACACAUACUUCAUAUUGUUGAGUUAUUGUAUUAUGCAUGAUGUACUGUAUUUCAUUCUUUGAAAGGGUUUAAGAAUGAUGUUCUUGAAGUAGUAAAUGAAUCACCUUUUCAAGGUAUUCUUACCUUUUCAUACCUGCAUAUAAAUUAAAACAACUUUUACUUAAUUCUGCAGCAAGACAGGGGAAGGUUAUUGUAAAGGUGGAGUUACCUUUGAGUAUCUUUUCUUUGCCAAUACAUUUAUUACUUUCCAUAAUUUAAUGUUAUUAUUGUUUUAUGUAGAAAAUUUCUUUGAGCCGGAGGCUCUGUCUAGUUUUAAAUGGCAUGUUUGAACUAAUUAAACUAGAAUGAGUUUAAUUAUCACAAAAGACUAUAUUAAAAAUAUGUGGCUGUUGAUAUUUAAUUAAACAUGUUUGUUUUCCUUCACUUAAAAAAGCAAUGUAAUGGAUGCUUCUUUAAACAUAUUUGGAUGAAAUCAAAUUUAUUUAUACUAAAUAAUAAACAUUUAUUUCCCCUGAUUAGAAUUUGUUGAACAUUUAUUCAAAUAUGUAUUCAUAUUAUGCUAAAGUUAUUAAAAUAAUUUAGAACAAAGGG